GCAUGCUGUCGCCAUUGGGAACAGCAAUGGUAGUCUGAACCCAAGCAAAACUUCUGACACAAUGGAACAAAGUAGCGGCUACUCAUCAGGUGCCUAUAACUCGGAAUCUCAGCAAUUAAUAGAAUCAGGGAAUGCUGCAGAUUUGCUUCAUAAGUCACAACCAGCUUCUACACACUUGAAUUUGUCGGAACAGUUUUCCACGCAAAUCCAAUCGUCUCAAAGUCAACCACAAAAGCUUCAGCAGAUUCAACCUGACCCCUCGUUAUCGAGUAUACAAAAUAAUGACCUGUCUGUGUCAGAACCCCAUUGUCCGCCUAAUAUGGCGAUGCCGGGCCAGAAAAGAACUGCUGCUAGCGGUAUAAAAUCUCCAUCGAAUAUGGUGGGAUCCCAGAGUCCAGAAGUAAAUGGCACCGGAAGGCACCGGUCUAAAAGCAUUGGGUCGGAUCCGCAUGGGAGCCGAAUUGCAGCGCUUUCUGUGCAUCUCCGCACGCGUCUUUCUUAUGCUGCAGCCAAGAUAGAGAAGGACUGGCGCCAAAAUGAAACUUCAGGGCUCCUACCAAAUGUCUCGCGGGCACUCUCAGUCUCUGCUGUACAUGGUUCAAGCCAGAGGAGCCCUUUUCAUAUUGAGCCAGUUAAAGGACAUCCUUUUUUGGAUGCUGGAUCUCCUGAAGGCACUACUGUAUCAGCACCAGACCCGUCCGCGAGUUCUCAUUUCUACAAUCCUAAUGACUUUGCACGAGUGUCUCCGCUGGCUAGUUCAGAUAUCAUGCCGUCAUACUCAGCCCAGCGAACAUCGCAAUUCUACCCUACAAAACUGCAUCAGCCUCCAAGACUGGCGCCCCCUGCAGACAUUAUCUCGAACGCGGGGAGUGGCCGGCGUCGACAUCCGAAUCCCAAUGAGAUGCCUGCGCCAUCGUAUUACAAUCCUUCUAGCUAUCGACGGCACCGCUCACAGCAUGACCUUGAUCUGUUCAAACCAAAUACUAGCCCGCCUAAGGUUUUGGUGCCUGGGACGCCUCCCCCGGUGUACCCAUUCUCUACACCGUAUGGCGGACUCUCUAAACCACGAACUGAUUCACAGAAUGCAUUGAUGGAGCAAGAUGCAAUCGAAACGCUGCUUCAUCUAUCGUCAAGUCCAGGGCAUUCGGGACAUCACCCCAGUCCGCGACGUCAGCAAAAUAUUAUUCCAAACAGCGUCAAUGGUUCCAUCGGUACUAGAUCUAAUGGGACUGGAUGUCAGCAUCGAAGCUCACAAACAAGUAGCUCAUAUGAACAUGCUAUCUCGGAAUAUAAUCGAGUUCAAGGUUUGGAGGCUCAGGCUGGAGACGAUAUAGAUCGCAUGCUGGAUCAAAUGGAAGACAGCGACAGUGAAAACGAGAACUAUCCAUCUAAUCGAUAUAGCCAUUUCAGGACUGGGUCAGCUCUCGCGACUAAUUCUCGAGGUUACAGUGCCCCAUCCGAGUGCCCGAAACCUUGGUAUACAACAUCAAAAUCUUGA